AUGAUCGUGCAGUUCCGAAAGAGUCUUCGCCCCGAGAAAUGGACUGCCGAGUCCCAGCACAUCUCCGUCAAGCCCACACCCGAGCUCACGGGCCAGCUCAUUCUGGACACAAUUCGGCGAAGAGACUUGGAAAUCGUCGUGCUUGUCGAGGGAACCGAGUCCGUUACCAGCUCCACACUCCAGGCACGCUUUAGCUAUGCUGCGGAAGAUAUUGUGGUCAAUCGGAUGUUUUCGUGCGUGACGGUCGCAGAGAAUGGAGAGGCGGUGAUUGAUUUCGAAAAGUUCCACCAGACCAUGCCGAUUGAUCCUGACGAUGAGUCGAAGGAAGAUUUGUUCAUUCAAAGCGUGCUUUAG